ACUCAUGACUCUGUCUGAGUCUACUAAUGGAGCCUGUAGGCCAUUAGACGAGUUUAUAGCAAAGCAAGUGAAGGGAAAGGCUACAAAGGAGAUGGCAAGGAAAGUUGCUUAUGAUGUCAGUAUUCCUCACCACAACAGGAACAAGAAAAAGAGCACCAAAGGUAGACAAAAGUCAUUGUUCUUCACUGACGAAGAAGUGUCCUAUUUACGUAAAGGAGUAGCAAGACUGGGCCCACGAUGGAAGCACAUACUUAAUGCUUAUCCGUUUCAAGAAGGAAGGACCUCCACCAGCCUGAAGGACAAGUACAGGCUCAUUAAGGACAGGAAAUAAACUUAGACUAUAAAUAUGUGUACUUAAUCAGAACUGCAUAAUAACUAUAGUUACAUGAUACAUGUGUAUAAUAUUAAUUAUCAUUUUAGCAUCAUCGUCAUGAUUUGAUACAAGUUGCAUUUGGCUGCACACA